UUGAAGAAGCCAAAAGGAAGUAGUUCUGCGCCUCAAUGCCAACAUUUGUGUUUGUGGUGUCCAGCAGCUGUGCGCCCUGCCCCGUUUACUUCACUAUCAGCUCACUGUAGGAGCCGGAUCGAGCUGUCCCUCCUCUCAGCACUGAGCCAACAUGUGAACCUCCGAGCUGAUGCACCGAGGAGGAAAAAGGACACAUCCUGCUGCUGCUGAACGAACCAAACUUUCUGAUAAUAUGUAGGGUAAUGCACGGAUUAUGGCUCGGAUAUGGAUACGGUGCAAAGUGCUUCUCUUUUUGAUUGUUUGUGUGAAUUCAUCUCUGCAUGACGGCGACGACGUUUCCUGUGAUGGAGCGUUUGAUAUUUAUUUUGUUUUGGACAAGUGAGUAGACACAGAUUUAUUCUACAUACAAGUGUGAGCACUGAGGAAACCUGAGGUAGACUGACAUAUUAAUCUCAUAUUUAGCUCUUUGAGCGCUGAGGCAACCUUAAGGCAGUUCUUUCCAUGUAUGGAAGUGUUUAGUUUGACAUGUUCCUCCACUGCUUCACUGCAGGUUUAACAUAUUUAUUUCACUCCUUUUAUCUGCUCUGGACGUCAGUGUUAGGGAUGUUUUCGUGGAUUGAGUUCACAUUCAUAGUUAAUUGUUGUUUGACAACAUAAAACAGCAUGCUCUGGUCUCCUGUUAUUCUAUAUAACACAUUAUUGACGUCUUAUGUGUUCUUGAUCAAAUUAAUCUACAUAAAACAUGGCUCCAUGAAAAUUUGGGGUUAAAAGCCACUUUUUUAUUUUAGCCAAAUACAUCCUCAAAUAUCCUUUCAAAUAAUUUUGUUUACAGUAAAUAACCUUAUUUUUACAGCCUGAGGUUUAUAAUUUAAAUAACAUGAUUGAUUUGAUUGAUGGAUUGAGGACAUGUCCUUAAUGAUCCACUUCUCAUUUUGGUUUGUGUAUUGCUGUAACAGUUUUAUGAGUAAUGGUUCAGUGGACCAGUGGGUCAUCUCUCAAAGUAAGGUUGAAUUCAGCUCCUGCAGUUACCUGAUGCAUGUGAACAGGAUGAGUUAGUACUGAUGAUCCUCUGCCACCUGUGUUUAGAUGUGGUAUGAAUAAGUGAUAAUGUAAUUGUGCCUUCAGUGGUCAGAAAAGCUAGAAAAAAAGUAAUAAAAGUACCUAUUAUAGACCUUUGUUGUACUUACAUUACAUAUUUCUUGCCAUGGAGGGUUGAAUGAAUCCCUGUACUGUCUGUUUCUGUAGGUCAGGAAGUGUUUCAGGACACUGGGAUGAGAUCUACGGGUUUGUGGAGCAGCUCACCCACAGGUUUGUCAGGUAAGUGAAAUUUAAGGAUGGGUAUCCCUCUCUCCUCUUUCCUGUUUCUCUCCCCUCACAGUAUUAUCUCAGCAAAUAUGAAACCAAACUUCAUAUGGCACAGCUCAAACGAAGUGAAAAAGUGUUUUGCAGACCACCAGCCACAUAAAAGCUCAACCAAAGUUUUACAGCAGAAAUUAGACUAAUGAAAAUGGACUUUUUAAAUAGUGAGGUCCUAGUUAUAGGCCUUAAAAUUACAGUACAAACAGUAGUAGUGAGUAGAAAAGUAGGCCAUGUCUAUUUUAGGCUGCAGACAUCAUACAUGGCCACCAACUGUUCCAAACCCCCUCUGGGUAAGGGUGCAGAGGGUGUGUGUGAUAUCUUUAGGUUAAAUAAGGGGUUACUAAAUAUAAAGGGAAAACGUCUCACCAGAUGUUGAAGGUGGCGCAGACCACAACAGACGGUACUGUUCCACUUCACAGCCUGAAGGAUAAAGCAGAGAGAGACAGUGAUAGUGUUGGGGGCUCAUUUCCCUGGAGACCUAAAAUUGGAAGCUGGCAGGGUGCAAAGACUGCGCUAUGGUGUCGACUUAUUUAAACAGAGAGAAAGAAGACAUUCAGUCUAAUCUUGUGUUAAAAUUGAAGGGUUACCUGGAUUAUUUAAUCCUCUGAGGUGUGCAAAAGAUGGACGGUUAUUAUUGAGGCUUUUUGAUGUUUGUGUUUCAGCCCCAGGAUGAGGGUUUCCUACGUUGUAUUUUCAGCCAGAGCGACUGUAACACUGCCACUAACUGGAGACAGGUACAGGCCUCAUGUCUUCUCUCAAAGUCUCACACUAUUUACUUCAGCUCCUUUUACACUUUUAAAACUUUUCGUACCGCUGUGCUGUCCAUGUUCUGUGAUCUGUACAGGCCUAAGAUCGAUGAGGGCUUGAAGAAGCUGAGCCAAAUCAAACCUGCAGGUGAAACAUAUAUGCACGAAGGCAUGAAAGCGGUUAGUGAGCUUAUGAAUAUUGUGAUUUUUUUUACUCUUGAGACAAUCUGAAACCCAAACUCAACCAACUCAUGGGCAAAACGUGUGUCAGUAGAAACUCCUCAAGAACAGCAUGUUUCAGAUCUGUGGUGCGGAUCUGUGAAAACUAAAAUUCAGCAAACUUUCAUCGAUCAGGUCUCGGAGCAGAUGUCAGCACAGACUUCGCCAUCAUCCAGCAUCAUCAUUGUUCUGACCGAUGGCAAGCUGGAGGUCUAUCCCUAUGAACUGAGUGUGAAGGAGGUAUCAAAGUAUCGCCCAUCAACACUCACACACACACAGAGGAUUAGACAAUAGUUGUUACAGUGGUGGUAGUUAGAGUCUGAUUGAAACAAUGAGACUGUAAGUAAGUAAGUAAACUUUAUUUGUAUAGCACUUUUCACAGACAAAAGAGUCACAAAGUGCUUCACGUAGACAAAAUAAAAAGAUGUACAUACAAAUUAAAAGUCAAAGACAACAACAUUUAAACAUAGUCAUAGUAGCCCCAAAAACAAUUAAACAACUGCCUGAGCAAAUAAAUAAGUUUUGAGUCGGCUUUUAAAGGAGUCAACAGAAUCAAUUAAGAGAGAGAGGAAGAUCAGUCCAAAGCCUGGAAGGAUCGGUCUCCUCUGGUCCGAAAACGAGUCCGCGGAACCAUCUGUAGAUUCUGAUCCACGGACCUCAGAGCCCGAGAGGGUGUGUAAGGCUGGAUCAGAUCACAAAUAUAGGAUUGAGCCUGACCAUGCAAGGCUCUUAAAGUUAGGACCAGAAUUUUAAAAUUGAUCCUUGAGGACACAGGCAGCCAAUGAAGAGCUUCAAGAAUAGGGGAUAUGUGAGUCCUCCUAUUAGCACGGGUUAGAAUUCUCGCUGCAGAGUUUUGCACUAACUGAAGACGAGACAGCUCCUUUUUGUUUAGACAUGAAAACAAACUGUAACAAUAGUCUAAACGUGACGACACAAAGGCAUGAAUGAUGAGUUCCAAGUCUUUUUGCAACACCAUUUUUGUAAGCUUAGCGAUACACACAAAUCAUAGUAUAAACCAUUAAGAUGACAAUUACCAGAUUGUAAGACCCUCAUGGUGCUUUUGACGUGUUUGGAAAAUCAGAGCUUCAUUCAGGACUUGUUGUUCUUCUCAGGCUGACCGGGCCAGAGGAUUCGGAGCCAGAGUUUACUGUAUCGGGGUUAUGGACUUUGACCACAAACAGGUAGGAGGGCUGUUUUUUCUCUUCCCCUAACUGUGUGCUCUCAUGGUGCGCGGUGAGAAGGACACUAAUCUUUGUAACUGAUACUGUCUGUUGUUUAUGUAGGGGGGGUUUACCCAUCUGUCGGUGUUAGUGAGUGUCUCUAGCCAGAACUUGAAUCUGUUUGUUUUUACCUCUUAAGGCUCAACUGGAACCCCCACAGACUAAAAAAACAACAACUGGCAGGGUUUUAUAGCUUGUGUUGUAAUGUUGCUUUUGGUUUAUGUAAAAACACAGAAUAAAUUUAGUUUUGAGUUCUCAUACCCUAGAGGGACUUAGUUUUAUCCUGUGGAUGUAUCAGGUUUUGUUUGGAAAACAAAGAACCCAGUAUGAGAUAGGUAUGGAGCCUGAUGUGUCCACAGAUAUAUUUGUAAAAGAGUCAAAAAGGCAUUAUAUUAUGAAACACUCAUGUUUUUAUCAGAGCUAUUAGAUGUGAUUGGAUUGUAUCAAAGUCAGGUCAUAAGUCAUCCUACAAUCCAACAGUAUUUGAUUUAAAGUGGCUAUUAUUGUUUCUCAACCUCUGAUAUCAGCGUUGUUUUGUUUGUGGUUGUAUAUUCUGUCGGUGCCGCAGUAAUGAUCUGAUUAAAUAUUAAUAAGUUCAUGUAAACGAGUUAAAAACUGAAUCAGUCUUGACCCAAACAGUCUCCUGUAUUCAAUGAGUGGAGAUGUUCCUCUGCCCAGUUACUGACCCGGUGUACACUGCAGCCAGAGGAAAUAAUCACAUCAGUCUCUAAUUAGAUAAUGCUACACAAACUUCCUGUCCUGCCAUCACUGAAGCAGGAGAUGAAAGCUUGAGCCAGCAGACCCGAGCUUUCAUCUCCUUCCUGAAUGCUGCUUUGGCACUGGAGUGAAACAAGCUUUACAUCCCCAGCAAGACAGCGAUGACUUAAUGAUGAAAUGUGAAGUUCUUGGUUUUUAAUUUAGGUGAAUUUAAAGGAGAAAAAUCAAAGUUUUGUUCUUUUUCUUUCUCAGCUUGCUGAAAUAGCAGACAGCUCAGAACAAGUCUUCCCCGUUCUGUCUGGAUUUCAUGCUCUCAAAGACAUCGUCAACUCUGUGAGGUCACACCCUGUGAAAACACACAAAUACUUAAAUGAACCAGUGAGGACAGACCCACAACUCAAACUGUCUUAUCUUCGAUCUACACAGAUCCUGAAGCAGACAUGUCGAGACAUUUUCACGAUCGAGCCGUCGAGUGUUUGUGUGAACGGUAAGUUAGUGAGGCAGAGUGAAGAAAAGGGGGUAAUGCUGGAAAAAUAGACCUUUAAUCAAUUUUGGUUAUUAGCUGAUGAUGCACAAAUUAACUUCAGCCAAGCAACUUGAGAGCUACUGUUCAUUGGCAUUGUUCUAACAUUUAUUUGCAAAUGUUAGCGUGCUAUAUCAGGCUUCAGGCUUGAGCAUCAGUGUGUGUGAACUUUGAUUCCUCCUGUGCCAGUUUUUUUUUUGUGAGAUAUGUAAAGGUUAUAGUUUGAUGAGUGUUGUUGUGUCUCACAGAGUCGUUUAAUGUGGUGCUGAGGGGCAGCGGCUUCAGCGGAUCCAAGAGAACAGAUAACGUCCUGUGCUUCCUGACCGUCGAUGAGAAGACUUAUGGUCGGUAGAUAACAGACUCAACACACUCAUGUUGAGCACUUUAACUGCUCUUAGGUCUCUCUUCAUACAUUUAGCUUUUUAAAUGCUACUGCAGAUGAUGCAUCUGUAUGUAAAAUGUAACAUUGGUGUUGAGCAGUGAUACUGAUACCUACUGCUGUGUUGUUCUGGGAUGCCAUUAUCGACGAAGUGAAAUGUGAAACCAUGAGCAGAUCUCUUUGAUGCAGUGGAAACUCAGAGUCAUGACAUCCAGAAACCAACAGAAGCAGCUUUUUAUCGACUUCAGCCAGAGAACUGAGGAGGCAUUAUGAGAGCGAGCAGAGGGGAGGGAGGAGAUGUUCUCGGUCUCAUUAGUCUAUUAACAGAACGAUUGGAGGGGCAGAGUCACGGAGAGGACAUGAAGAGAUAUUUUAUCCUUUCACUCUCCCCCGAACUAUCUUGUUUUGUUCCCAUUUCUGCUGUAUUUGUUGUUAUUAUCACCAUUACAAUUUUUUUAAUAAUCCAGUAUGAGGGAAAUAAUCCCAAACCAGGAUCUAAAUACUCUAUAUCUAUAUUUAUGUAUCGAGAAAUCAAGAAACGACCAAUAAUUUCCCUUGAAAUUGAAUUUCCCCUCGAUAAAGUUCUUCAAGUUCAAAAGUGAUUAUUUUGUAAGUCAAACUAUCAUUUGAUUUUGCACACAUGAGAUUUACAUUUUCUAUAGGACUGUGUUCAUUAACGUUUUUUUAAUGACAAUUGUCUUUGUAAAAUAUGUGAUCUCUGCAGCAACAAGUCUCAGAGUAGAUUUGUCUCUUCUUUUUCAGACCAGAAGCCAACAGUAGUUAGGGACGGCUAUCUGCUGUGUUCAGCUCCUGUUCUGCAUGAGGUUGGACAGUAAGUUAAGGCACACACACACACACACGCACGUGCACACCCACACACACAUUAUGUUUGUUUGCCUGAGUUAAAGUUUAAACGUGGAGCACAGGAAGAGUGAGGAUGAUACCAAGACAAGGUCACCUGCUGAAGGCCAAAACCGUCUGCUCAUUUCUGUCCAAGCUGUUGGCCUUUAGUUGGAGUUAUCUACAACAUAAACUGCUGCUACCAAACCACACCUGUUUCUGAACACUCAAAGCUCCGAAUUUAGCCUCGAGCUUUUGUCAAACAUGGACUCACUGUUUUAUUUUUUGGUUUGUUCCAGAUUUUCUUUGCCUUGUUUAUGUAUUGUGCAAUAAAACCCUUAAAAUUAUGAUUAAUUUCCCCCAAAGUUGGUGAGGUUAUUUUCAAAACUUGUAAACAUUAGAUCCAUUACCAUACUCUGUGACCUCUCCCAACCCCCCACCCAAAAAAAAUAAAUCCUUAAAAGUUAUUUGGCUUGUCAUAAUUUUAUUAAAUCAUAACUCUGGCAUUUCUCUGAAAACAGCAGCUCAACCCAGCAUGUGCACCACUGGCUCAGUGGUGAGCUGUGAGGUCAAAUCAGGACAACAGGAAGGUGCAGACACAUUUUAAACAGCUGAUACUUAUUUUUAUUUUUCCCUCACUGCGCUCAAGUUUAUGGUUUUGAAUCAAGUUCUCUUGCUCUGUCUGACCCGUUCUCUCCAGUGCAGCCAGAGCAGGUUGAAAUCUGCAGUGUGUAUCCAGAACAAUGUUUACAGAAGAACCAUCUGUGAACAGCUCUGAGUGUUGAUGAACUAAAGCCAGUCUGACCAGAAUAUCUCUGUGGCAUUCAGAGAGCGAGCCAAAGCUUAUUUAACUUCACCCACUUCAAACGGCUCCGUCUCUCUCUUUCAAUCUGUCCCCUCUCACUCCCCCUCAUGUCUCCCACUCUCUGCUUCUCCCUCUCUCUCUCUCUCUACUGAAGUACUGAUGGACUUUGGCCAUCUCCAGGAACAGAGCCGAAAAUAAUACACAGAUAAAUCCAACUUCAAAGCUGAAUACAAAUACCUUUUAACGGAAAACUAAGAAAGAAAGCUAAUUGGACUGGGGAUGGAAAUUAGCCGCUUGGCUAUAAUCCCAUGAAUUUACAUGUAAAUGUUAAUUAAUGGAUAUUGUCCCGUAUAAGAAAUAAAUGAAUAAAUCCUAAAUCCUGAAGAAAUCUGGGCAACAACUCCAAACAUGUGGAUACCAGUGACUUUUUUUUGCAGGAUUGACUUUGGAAGGUUAAAAUGGGAAACUGACACGGGUAGACAGUGGCUCUCUAUUUCUGUAGUUGAUGGGCUGUUAAAGGGACAGUGAGGAGUUUUUAAGGGAUUUUUAAAUAGUGUCACUCACAUACAGAUGCCUAUUCAUGACCUACUGCACCGCAAGUGAGACGCAGUGAUUUGCAGUGAGGUGCGAGUUAGCAGCAGCAGUAUUUUUCUUUUUUAGAUUAUUAUUUUUUGCCUAAUGUUCCAGCAUCAUGGUUGAUACUGAAACAGGAUUAGCAGAAAAAACGUGUUUUCUGUUGAAGUAUUGUUUUCGAGGGUGUAACUCUACAACCGGGAAUUUCUUUGGUUAGAGAGGAAAUCGGCCGUGAACAUGUACUUCAAUGCUAUUUGUUUGUUUUUCUUGACAUUUGGAGAGACACCAGAGCACACAUCAUGUUUAGGAACUGGAAGCUGCUCCGUGAAGAACUUUCACUUUGUGUCCAUCUGGCCCUGUGGGCAAAGAAAUAUAGUAUCUCCUGAAAAAGAAUCUCAUCUUGCUUUCUUCUAACAGACAGGGGUCACUCAUUGUAAAUAUUGUGUGAAUGUAUAUUAAUUUACUUAAUAAUAAAUGCGAGCAGGAUGUAGCAACUACAUUGUUGUAACAGUGGGGGGUGUUACUGAUGGGUAAUGUAGUCUUCACCUCACAAAAACACAACUGACUACAUCCAAAGGGGUCACCAGGAUGUAAUUUACAUAAAUGUUUCUCUCAGUGCUUUUAAAUGGCAAAAUAUGUUGCACAAGUCGAAACAGUCUCAGUACUAGUAGAUAACUUAAAGGAACACAAAGAUUUACGUUUGCACAUUUACUCAAAUCAAACAGAUAAGUACCUUCUCAGAAACUAUUCUGUGACAUUGUUGUCUGAAUGCUGUUCCUGCUCUGAAGUUGCAUCUGUCGAUCACUGCACUGAAACCCGAACUUCAUCUAAUGGAAUUUUUGUGGUUUUGUCAAAAACUUGCAGAUCAAUCCAAGUGCUCGUUAGCUUAAACAAUGGACAAUCUUACAUCUCCAGUCCCAUCACCAUCUCCGCCACAACAUGUGUGAGUAGCAAUUAUAUCAUACAAAGAGAUGAACUAUAGACUCAUGAAACAAUGCUAAGAUUGGAGGUUUAUCAUUAUGUUUUCUCUUAAAGCUUAUCUCACUCGACACACAUGUAGAAUAACCAAUAAAAAUCUUAUCUUGUGUUUUUUUUUUUUUUUUUUUUGCAGUCAGAUGGGACCUGGGUACUUUGGUUGCUGUUGGCUUUGCUGCUGUUACUGGUUCUGGUUCUGCUGUGGUGGUUCUGGCCUCUCUGCUGUACUGUGGUGAGUUUGCAGACUACACAUAAGCAUGUGCGUGUAUAGACAUGAUUCAGUGCUAUUGUUACUCAUGGAGGGAGUCCACACAUUGAAGCGUUGAGUUCGGCAUCCUGUAAUUUACUUUUGUGUGUAUGUGUGUGUGUGUUCAGACAAUGUUGAGUGACCACUGUUUGUUACUUUUGCAUGUUGUUUCUAACAGGUCAUCAGGGACCCACCCCCCGCCCGCCCACCCCCUCCACCUCCUGUCAUUGUAAGUAAACCACAGACUGUAUGAAAACAUAUUUCUCUUGCCUCAGCAGCGGGUAUCUGGGACAAGCAUGGGGCUGAGGUUGUGGUUUUACUGCACUGUGACAUUUGGCAGGGGCUAAAAUGACCUGUUUUUCUAACUUCACCUACUUUCAAGAUGUGCAGGACUUCAACAAACACCGGAAGGUCAAAAUUCCAGCAAUAGUUAAAGAAAUAAAACGUCUUAAGAUCCAAGUUUUAAUUUUUAAGAGCAAAGAGAAAAGAUGGUGUAUCAGUGUUUGUUGAACCCUUUAGUUGUGUCUCAUAAGAAACAGCACCUGAUAGAAGAGCAGAAACACUCUCUAUUGAACAGUGCUGUCUUUUUAAUAGAAUAAAAGAAGAAAAGUGAGCGGGCUUCAGGCUAAUCAUGAAAAGAGAGGAGCUGUUUCGUUGUUUUCCUGUCAGCUGAUCACAUUACAGCAUCUCACUGGCGUUGGCUUCACUUCUAAGGCACUGUUAGGCGUUCACUCGUCUCAAAAGUACAAAAUAAACAGCUAAGUUUGUGGGUCAGUCACCAUUAAACUAUUCUGUCAUCCUGUUGCCUUUUUUAAGGAGGACAAGGAGGAACUUUCACCAAAACACAGAUGGCCUACGGUCGACGCCUCAUACUAUGGAGGAAGAGGUCCAGGAGGAAUUAAACGCAUGGAGGUCAGCAAAAAUAACAGACACCGUGACAUAAGUAGCCACUGUGUUUAACAUGAGCUGUGCCCUUCCUAUUUUCAGUGUUUACUUUGCCACCCUUUAGAAUCUAAGUGACGGCCACACAUGUCGGCGAUCAUAUAUGUGUUGGUUGAAUAUCUCUGGCCGCCUUGUUACCGCGAAAUGACAGUUUCUGAAGUCUGCUAUUUGUUCCUGUGGUCUGUAGGUCCGCUGGGGGCAAAAGGGGUCCACAGAGGAAGGGUCACGGCUAGAGAAAGCCAAAAAUGCGGUGAUCACUCUGCCAGAAGAAGUGGAGGAGCCCAUCAUACCCCGGCCUCCACCUCGACCUCCUCCGAUCUACAACCCCCCACCACAGUCCAAAUGGUACACCCCCAUUAAGGUAAGACUACAGCUGUAUUGAUCAUCAGUCGCUUUUCUAUUUGAAUGUGUCUACAAAUGAUUUAUCCUGUUUGACUUGAUACUCAGGGUCGUUUUGAUGCAUUGAUGGCAUUACUGAGGAGACAGUACGACAGAGUGGCAAUUAUGAGGCCAACAGCUCAGGACAAGGUGAGUAACGUCUACAGUCAAAUCAUAACUUUAAGUAUAAGGAAAGGAAAACACUGCUGCCUCACAGACGCCACAAAUUAUAAACUUUCAUUGAGCUUUUGUCAAUCAAUCAAUCAAUCAAUCAGUCUUUGUUUAUAUGGUACCAAUUCACAACGAUUGUUAUCUCAAAAUCUGUUUACAAAGACCCGAUGUUAAGACCCGUCUUAUAAGAUCAGACCGACUCCCAUUCCAUCUUCAACCGCAUGAGUGAAACAUUUUGAAGCAUUUAUCAAGUGACAGUAGAGAGGAAGAAUUUCCUUUAACAGGCAGAAACCUUGAGCAGAACCAGACUCAUGUUCGACAGUCUUCUGCUGAGACUGACUGAGGAAAGAGAGGGAGAUGAAGAAAGAGAAAGAUAGACAGAAGAGAGACUAAUGAAUGUAGUUGGAGCAGCUUGACACCCAGCUGGUCCACAGCAGCAAAACGUCAGCUGCAGCAGUGAUCCAGAGGAACCCACGGUAUGAUGGGGCUCAGAUAAGACCGUGUAUUAGUGACUCUAAUUAGAACAUGUUGAUUUAAAGUUAAUGACACAGACAGGAAGAGGAUGGAGAAGGAGGAAAAGAUGCUCAAUGUGGGUUUGUUUGAAUCAAAAUAUUUUCAGUUGACAAAGAAGGAUCCUCCCUCUUGAUUGUACAAGGAUUCGAUUAGAUUAUAACAGAUAGUGUUACACCCAACCACAGCCAUUUAUCUACCCAUUAGACAGAUGGCAGAGUACGACCAUCUGUCCCAUUGACCAUUAAUAAUAGUGUAAACAUCAGCGUUUGGACUUUUUACAGGCCCUCAAAUAUUAUUUUGCUUAAUUAUUUUUACAGUCUUUACCUCUUCAUGAGCAGAAAAAAAACAUUACAAGCUCAAAUGUUAUUGGCCAUCACUUAGAGCAUGCUUAAACCAUCUGGGUAAGAUGCUGUGAGAGUGUGAGCGAAUGAAUGAUGUGUCUAAUAUAAAGCACUUUGGGUGUCUCUGAUAAAGUGCUAUAAAAAAUCUGAUGCAUUAUUAUUAUUAUUAUUAAUUAUUAAAAUGUGACCUUAUUGCCUAGAAGUCCUUCAGGAAAACACAUUCAAGAAGAGUUCUCAGAAGUAAAUAAACUUCCUUGCAACAGUUUGAAGUUUUUAAUAUGAAAAAAUUGAGGAACUGUUUUUGUUUUGAAGACUUUUCUCUUUGUUCUGUUCUUUAUCAUUAUGGCAGCAAUUUCUUCUUUUUCAGAUCAGUGACCACAUUAAUGCAUUCACAUUUUUUUAUGUCAUAUUCCGUUCAAAAAUGAUAUUUUUGUGGAGUGCAUGUAAGUAUUGUUUGGUACUUAACGGUCUUUUGUUGUCUCCAGGGUCGCUGCAUUAACUUCAGCAGAGUUCAAAGUCACUGAAGUUCAACAUUAACCAUCAUCAUUUCCACCUUAUUCCAAUGGUUUUGCCAAAGAUGACUGACAUGUACACUCAAAAACAAAUGUCGUGAUUCCCUUUGUAUUGUAAAUAAAUAUGUUUCUUGAUA